GCAACAUUGGAUUGUCUAACCAAUUAAACCUGAUCGCCUUUCAAUACCGACGGCAACUGGCUUUUUGGGCUUUUUAGGCAUUUGGUAAGAGCGAGCUGAACUUAUUACCGAAGAAGAAGAUAAGACUGAGACUAUGCCGUAGGGGUUUUGGAUCAGCAAUUCGGAGGAAGAGGUUUCUUUGUUUCCAUCUUACUUACGCUGUUUGUACUUUACGGUACCCACGUCGGACGAUCCGCGCGCGAUAUCUUUUUUAGCUGUUCGCGUGGAUAUCACAAGCUUCUUUUUGUGCUCCCAACUUCAAGAGUCCACCCGCGUCAGGGAUUCAAAUUGGCGAAUCCCGUUGCCGGAAACUAGGACAUUCGGAGGAUAGAGAUACAAAGAGAAGACCGGAAACCAACAGCGAGAGAAUCGGAACGACACAGAAAGAGAGAGAGAGUGUGUGUGUGUGUACACAGACAGGAUGGGCGAACAUAGACCUACGUUGGUCAGACCGCCUCCGGUCGACGUAUCCAAGGCUCCAAUCGAGAACGCGCUGGAGCUGACGGACUUGAGCAUCAUCGGACCUGACAUCUUCACCAACACGCGCGAGCUGUGGCAUCCGCCGGGUGCGAGGGGGAUCUACGGAGGCGCUGUGAUCGCGCAGACACUGGCGGCGGCCCAACGCACCGUCCCGGCCGACUUCGUAGUGCACUCGUACCACUGCUUCUUCGUGCUCGCAGGCGACUCCAGCAUCCCGAUCGUGUAUUACGUCGAGCGGGUGCGCGAAGGCCGCUCCUUCUGCACGCGCACGGUGCAGGCCCGCCAGCGCGGCCAUGCUAUCUUCACCGUGACAUGCAGCUUCAUGCGCGAGCGGAGUGGCGGGUCCGUCACCGUCCGGCACUCUACCCCCAUGCCUGCCGAGGCGCUGGCGAACCCGCCCCCGGAUGAUUACGAGGACCCGGCGUUUCUAACCCGGGAUGGCAGUGCGAGACAGGAUGAUCCGUUUCAGAGUUUGCGGUGUAAGCCUACGGAUCAUGAUAGGAGGGAGAGCGAUAAGAGGGUUUGGCAGUGGGUUAGGGCGCGCGGUGAGAUUAGUAAGGAGGGUGGGAACCGCGCGCAUCUUAGUGCGUUGGCGUAUAUUUCUGAUUCUUUUUUCAUCGGCACGAUUCCCCGGAUUCAUAAACUCUGGCGGUACGCUACGAAGCCGGACGAGUUGGAUGAUUUGGACCCCGACUCGAGAGAGUAUCUAGAGAAACUUAAUGAGUGGGAGGGAGGCUAUGGGCCGUUGGAAGAGUAUAAGGGCCGUCCGAGGCUUGGGAUGAUGGUUUCCCUUGAUCAUUCGAUUUUCUUUCAUAAUCCGGGCAGUGUGAGGGCUGAUGAGUGGAUGUUUACGGAGAUGGAGAGUCCGUGGGCGGGGGAUGGACGGGGGGUUGUUAUGCAGAGGGUUUGGAGUCGCGAUGGGGUGCUGUUGGCUACCGCUUUUCAGGAGGGCGUUGUACGAUUAAAGGAUGAGGGCAAGGAGAAGGGGAAGAAAGAGGAUAAGGCCAAGGCGAAGCUGUGAUGAGCUUAGCUAGGUACCUGAGGUUAAGCCUCUAUUCUGUGGGAUACGUGUGAGACUACAUACUUAGACUUGAGGGUACAGGUGUUAUUGCUAGAGAUAGAAUCCCGGUUAUGGUUUCAUUGCUUAUUUACCUACCUAGAUAUUUGAUAUGUUGAGAACAGGGCGGAGCGCACGCGAGUGUUUUUAGAAGGCUUUAUUUAGAUUGUAUUGUAGGUAUCUAUUAGACACUUUACCUUAUAGAGGAAACGAUAAUAUCGC